AUGGUGCAGAAGUCUCUCAACGGCGGGGUUUACCCAACUCAAGCCGAAGAGAAGAAGCACAGGGUGGGCUUCGUAGGACUGGACCCCGGUGCUCCGGAAUCCGGCAGGGACGGGGCGCUGCUCAUUGCGGGCUCGGGGAGCACCAAGCGGAGCGGCAUCCUCUGCGGACCGAGGUCCAGCAUCUCCGCCGGGAGACCCAGACCGUCGAAGAAAAACGCCAGCUAUCGGAAACUGCAGAAUUUCCUCUACAAUGCGCUGGAGAGACCGCGGGGAUGGGCGUUCAUCUACCACGCUUAUGUCUUCCUCCUGGUCUUCUCCUGUCUCAUACUUUCGGUCUUUGCCACGAUCAGAGAGUUCAAAAAUAGCUCAGAGAGUGCCUUGUACAUCCUGGAAAUUGUGACUAUCGUGGUGUUCGGGGUGGAGUACAUCGUGAGGAUAUGGGCUGCUGGCUGCUGCUGUCGAUACAGAGGAUGGGGAGGGAGGCUAAAAUUUGCCAGAAAGCCUUUCUGUGUCAUAGACAUCAUGGUGCUGAUCGCCUCAGUGUCCGUGCUGGCAGCUGGAUCACAAGGCAAUGUUUUUGCCACCUCGGCCAUCAGGAGUCUGAGAUUCCUGCAGAUCCUGCGCAUGUUGCGCAUGGAUCGCCGCGGAGGCACCUGGAAGCUGCUUGGAUCUGUGGUGUAUGCCCACAGCAAGGAGCUCAUCACAGCGUGGUACAUAGGCUUCCUGUGUCUCAUCCUGGCUUCAUUCCUGGUCUACUCUGUGGAAAAGGAGUCAAAUGACGAGUUCGAGACCUAUGCUGAUGCUCUUUGGUGGGGACUGAUCACUCUCACCACCAUUGGUUAUGGUGAUAAGGUUCCCAAGACCUGGAAUGGACGCUUGCUGGCAGCCACAUUCAGCAUGGUCGGGGUGGCCUUCUUUGCUCUUCCUGCUGGCAUCCUGGGUUCUGGCUUUGCCCUCAAAGUCCAGGAGCAACACAGGCAGAAACAUUUUGAGAAGAGGCGAAACCCUGCAGCAGGCCUCAUCCAGGCUGCGUGGAGGUUUUAUGCUACCAACCUUUCCCGCACAGAUCUGCUGUACACUUGGGAUUUCUACGAGCAGACUGUAGCUGUCCCAAUGUACAGACUUAUUCCACCUCUGAAUCAACUAGACCUGCUGAGGAAUCUGAAGGGCAAGUCAUUCAGGAAGGAGUCUCAAACGGAAACCUCUCCCAGUAAUGAAAAUGCACACAAAGACAGACUUUGCGGGUGCUGUCCGAGAACUAUUAGCCGGAAGGCCAGCCUGAAGGACAAGGUGUUCCCCAGUCCCUCCAAGGCUCCCAUGGCCAAGGGGAAAACCCAGUCUCCGGGGCCAGAGGACGGGGCCGAGGGGAGCCCCGGAAAAGUCGCCAAGAGCUGGAGCUUCAACGAGAAGAACCGAGGGCCAAAGCACUCCUUCAGGUCCCGGGGCAGCACCUCACGGCAAAACUCAGAGGUGCUGAUUGAAAUGCAGGAUGAAGACUUUGGACUGAAGAGUUCUCCAGCAAUUGAAGGUUUAAUAAAGGCGAGCCUCCCAGGAGAGGAAAUAGGCGAUGAUAAGAACUGCCACUGUGAUUUUCUCAGUCAAGAAUUACCACCAGGCCUGAGGGUCACAAUAAGGGCAAUCUGCGUCAUGAAGUUUCUGGUGUCAAAGCGGAGGUUCAAAGAGAGCUUGCGGCCUUAUGACGUCAUGGAUGUGAUUGAGCAAUACUCUGCAGGUAACCUGGACAUGCUGUCUCGCAUCAAGAACCUGCAGUCCAGAGUUGAUCAGAUAGUUGGCAAAGGUCCUAAAGCUGAGGGAGAAGCUGCGGAUGACCAGAGCAUGAUGGGACGCCUGGGCAAAGUGGAAAAGCAGGUGGUCUGCAUGGACAGGAAACUGGAUUUCCUGGUCAACGUGUAUGUGCAGCGCAUGGGCAUCCCUCGUUCGGAAACAGAGGCCUUUUUCAACUCCAAGGAGCCGUAUCCAGCCCCGCCUUACCACAGCCCCGAGGAGUGCAAGCAGGAGAAGGAGGGCGAGGAGGAGGUGAAGGAGGAGAAGGUGUUGCAGACGUGCUCAGUGCCAGCUGUUCCGUGCUCGGACGGGUCUUUGGAAACGAAAGACCCUUUGCUGGGUCGCUGUGUGUCCAGAUCGGUGGGCACCCCCUCUGGCAGCCACAGCCGCCCGUCUACCUCCUGGCAGCACCAGCUGCAGCACCCGCUCAGCCAGCCCGCCUGGAACAGCAGUGUGGCCAACACCCCUUCGCCGGUUGGUGGCAGCGGCGAUCACUCGCCCACCCUGUUCCGCCUCCCGCCUCCGCCUGCUCCGGUCCACGAUCGAUCCACCUCCGGCCCUGGCUGCAACGGCAGAGAGAGCGGCUCCAGGAGCAGGAGGCGCCACAGGAGGCGUCGGCAGGACACCGCCGCCAUGGAGAGCGACACCUCCCUUUCCAUCCCGUCCGUCGACCACGAGGAGCUGGAGCGCUCCUUCAGCGGCUUCAGCAUCUCACAGGCCAAGGAGGACUUCUUUGGGCCCUCUUUCUUUACAGGCUCAGGAGCCGGGGUAGUGAAUGAAGCUGCAGCCGGACCUUCACUCUGUGCCAGGGUCAGACCCUUCAUAGCAGAGGGGGAGUCAGACACAGACUCCGACCUCUACGCCCCCUCACCUCUGUCCUUCACCGGAGAGGUGUCAUGUGGAGACAGGGCAUGGCCUGGACUGAAGUAG